AACUAUUUUGUUGUUGUAGAAUUGUGGGUGAGGAUGAUGGAGGGAAACUUUUUACUCCUGAAGAGUAUGAAGAAUACAAAAGAAGAGUUUUACCUAUGCGCUUACAGAAUAGAUUGUUCGUGAGCUGGCGAUCCCCAACUGGAAUGGAUUGUAAACUUGUGGGCCCAGAGACACUGUGUUUUUGUACACACAGGUACAAACAGCAUAAAACUGACUUUGAAACGGUUCCACAGCAGCGCCCCAUUAGCUUGCCUUGCCGAGUGACCGGCUGCCAGUGCAGGGCUUACCUUUAUGUGCCUUUGAAUGGCACGCAGCCCAUUCGCUGCAGGUGCAAACACUUUGCUGAUCAGCACAGUGCCACGCCUGGCUUUAUGUGCAAUGCCUGUUCCAAGUGUUCAGGAUUCCAUAGUUGCUUCACUUGUGCUUGUGGUCAGCCUGCGUAUGCCCAUGACACAGUAGUGGAAACUAAGCAAGAGAGACUGGCUCAAGGAAAACCAGUGGGACGGGAUGCUCCUUACGCGGCAAUGGGAGGAUUAACCGGCUUCAGCUCACUAGCAGAAGGCUACAUGCGGUUAGAUGACAGUGGAAUUGGUGCACCUUCAGCUGAAUUUUUAGACUCUCCAGGUACGGCCAUGGACCAUCCAUUUCUAAAGGCAUUUCAAGCAUCAUCUACUUCUCCAGAAACACUAACAGAUGUAGGUACAAGUAGUCAAGUUUCUCCCUUAAGGAGACCUGAGGAGGAUGAUAUGGCUUUCUUUGAAAGACGAUACCAGGAAAGGAUAAAAAUGGAAAAGGCUGCUAAGCAUAAAGGAAAAGCACCAGUGCCAUCAAAAACAAAACCUUCAUGAAGAUUAUUGGGGAAAUUAAAACCAUCAUCCAAAUGUAUCUUUUUUUGGUGUUUAUUUAAAUAUAAUAUAGUUUAUUGUCUCUCAAAUUGUUUACUUCUGUUAGUAUAUAAAAGGCCUUUUUGGAUGUUUUCUUGAUUUGAAUAAGUGAAAUUACCUUACCUGGUAUAUUACUUUUAUCAAAUUUUAUGAUUUACUAUUUUAUCUAUACUUUUUUAUCUCUCCUAACAAAUGAGGCUAUUUUCCUAUUAGUCAAAAGAAUAGUAAAUAUCUUUAGUCUAUCAUAAUUUAACUUUUUCAAACUAUGUAUCUAAAAAUUAAAGCUGGCCUUGGCUGGUGUGGCUCA